AUGAAGCAAGAUCGUGUUCCUCAUACCAAAUCUGACCAUGACUCUGCACUUCCACGAGAUCCACUUCUUGUUGCACAGUUGCCAACUAGUGGAACAGCAAAGAGGCAGAUUCGCAGAGUCCUAAUUGCAAAUAGGGGUGAGAUCGCAUGCCGUAUCAUCGCGACAUGUCGCAAACUGGAUCUCACGUCGGUCGCAAUCUUUGCUGAAGAAGAUUCGACUUCCCUUCAUGUGACAGAAGCAGACGAGGCAGUCAAUCUAGGAAGCGUCAGUCAACCGGAAGGCAACCCGUUCUUGAAUGUGCAGCUACUCGUCAAGAUUGCUCUGUCACGGAACGUGGAUGCCAUUCAUCCGGGGUACGGUUACCUCAGCGAAAAUGGAACAUUCGCGGAUGCUGUGCGUCAGGCCGGGAUGAUCUUCAUUGGGCCCAGCUCAGAGGCCAUGUCAACUUUGGGCGACAAGCGAAAUUCGAAGGAAUACCUCAAAAAGCAUGCACCGAGCGUUCCACUUAUUCCAGGCUACGAAGGGUCGAGUCAGGAUGUCGCAGAGCUCGAGAUCGCAGCUGAGAAAGUUGGGUUCCCUGUCAUGUUGAAAGCCUCAGCCGGCGGUGGCGGACGAGGCAUGCGAAUCGUUCGAGAGGGUUCACAACUGGCCGGUGAGUUGGCUCGGGCACAAUCAGAAGCAAAGCGGUCCUUUGGUUCGAGCGAUUGCAUCCUGGAGAAAUACAUCGAGGCGGCAAAACACAUCGAAGUCCAGAUCCUGGGUGACAGCCACGGAAAGGUUAUUUCGCUGUGGGAGAGAGAAUGUUCCGUCCAGCGAAGACACCAGAAAAUCAUCGAAGAAACUCCGUCACCCUUCUUGACGCCAGAACAACGGCAAAGGAUGUGCGCGGUGGCGGUUCAGAUUGGCGAAUUGAUCGGGUACGAAGGUGCAGGGACAGUCGAGUUCGUUGUAGACGCGAAAGACGGAAGCUUCUACUUUCUGGAAGUCAACACCAGGCUGCAAGUUGAGCAUCCUAUCACAGAAGAAGUGACAGGUGUUGACGUGGUGGCUCUACAGCUGUUCGUGGCUGCAGGUGGAUCUCUUUCAAGCAUACCCUGGCUACGCACUAUCCCACAACGUGGCCAUGCGAUCGAAUGUCGCCUCUGUGCAGAAGACCCCAAUGGCGACUUCAUGCCGCAGAACGGCACAAUCCGUCUGUGGCGGGAAUCAGACCAAUACAGGAACGGGGCAUCAAGGGACAUUAGAUAUGAGACCGCGAUCAAGACCGGAUCGGAAGUUUCCAUCUACUUCGACUCGAUGAUUGCCAAAGUCGUAGUGUGGGCACCGACUCGAGAUGCUGCCAUUAGGAAGAUGGCCAGAGUCAUGGCUAGCACUGCCUGCGCAGGAGUCAAGACUAACCAACUGUUUCUUCAGGCCUGCUUGCUACACGAGAGCUUCCAAGAUCCGGCGUACACCACAUCGUUGAUUCCAAAACACCUCCAAAGCUUGCUUCGGAACCCGCAUGUCAACGCGACAUCGGAUAUGAUCUCUAUGCUCUCGGUCAUCCCUGGAUUAUUACUGAGAGCAACGCCGGACCGGCAUGAAACUUCAAGACCAUUCCAGCACGUCCGCAUGAAUUUUAGGAACCAAUUCCUCGACCCCGUCAAUGUGUCUACGUCGAUAAUCGUACCAGCAGCGGAGCCCUCGAAGCCGCUAUUGUCAGUCUGGAAAGCGAGCUCUUCGAGUCAAGGCAGCGAUCCUUCAUUUCAUGUCACCAUGUCACCUAUACCGGAGACGCCGAAGAACGAAGCGGCGGAUGGUGCUCCAAACACCACGCCUGCCAGGGAAUUGUCAGGUCGGUACCACACCAUCAGCCGGAAACUUCGUGACGGAUCCCUCGCCAGCGCUGCAGAGUACACGGUACAACUGAGAAAAUAUGCAUCCAAGCAGAUUACCGGUGACUCCAAGUCCGAUUGGCAAGAAGCCUCCGCCGCCGUCGCCAUCAACGGCUCUACGAUUCAGGUUUAUCUCGCCACUAAUGCCUCUUCGACCGCCCCAAGCAGUGCCGCUUCUUCUACCUUUCUGUGCCACCUCCCUUCAUUGGGCACAUGGGUCGGGUACAAAUGCCACACUAUGCUAGACUACAUCGAGUCUCUCCGCCCUUCACUCUCCGCCUCCGCCGCGGGCUCUUCGAGCUCGAAGGUCAUCAAAGCCCCGAUGCCCUGCAAAGUCCUGUCGGUGCUGAAAGAGAAUGGCGAGGAGGUCAAGGCUGGACAGGUGGUGCUGGUUAUUGAGAGCAUGAAAAUGGAGACGAAUAUUAGUGUAAAUGUCGCAGGCACAUUUGGCACGAGUGUCAAGGUGGGCGACUCGGUCGAUGAUGGCAAAGUACUCUGUUGGGUUGAGUAG